AUGCCUCGAUAUUAUGGAAAUAUCUCAUCAAAUAAAUCCGAGAAAUUGCAAGGAUAUUCAAGAACUUUGAGACCGAUUCCAUAGAGAACAUUACAUAAAAUAUUUAUUAAAUAUCCCGCCAUUUUCCAGUUAUAUCGAAAUAAGGCGCUGUUCGAAUCAUCGAAGCGCGCAAUCGCUGUGACGAUGCGCAGCAACGCACGUCAUCAUCGCGUCUUACCAAAAAGAGGAACGAGAAUGUACAUACGAGCGGGAUAAGGUAUAUAAUACAGGCCUGUCUGCUGCCACGGUGCGGAGAUGAGCGUAAUCGCGAUCGAGCGAUCGAGUGAUGGCGAUGCCGGCGGUUGCUAACUAAAAAUUGCAAGUGAAGUGGGAAUUCGCAAGCGGCGUGGAAAGGAGGAGAGCGGCGUGGAAAGGAGGAGAGCGGCUCAUUGUCAGUCGUCGCAUUUGGUCGCAUUCGCGUAUACGGAUACGGUGUGUUAACGUGUAACAAGCAACGCAGCGCGUACGAGAAGUGAUAUAUAAGUGGAAUUGCCUGCGACAGUCGGUGGCGAAAAGAAGGCGGCGCGACGACGGCGACGGUGGCGGUGCACGACGAGCAUCGCGCGACGUCGACGACCUGCCAGGAAACACGACGACACCUGCUCAUCUCGGCAAACGGGAGGCGGUACGGUGGAUACGCGCGUACCUACGUACGUACAUAUGCACGAACGCGGAUGGACGUAUAUACGUACAGCGACGGCCAUACUCAAACAACGGCCGAACGGAGUGCGCGGCGCGAGAAAUGAAGUGAUAAUAGAAUCGAAUUCGCGAGAGUAAAGAGAUCUCGCGCGCGAGGCUACGUGAGACGGAGGAGAGACGAGAGAGAGACAAGCUGAAAGCUUGGUCGAAUCGAGUGGGCGCGAGUGUACCGCGAUAUAUCGGUGCGCGAGAGCAGCGAGCCAGCAGCAGUAGCAGCAGCAGCGAGAAGAACACGAAGGAGCGGCCGGAACAAGCGGAAGUGCGGGCCGUGCGUGCCUGCGUGCGAAAAAGUAUUGGGAAAGGGGUAGCAGCGAGAGAGCGGGAGGCCUGAACGGGGAUCCAGUUAACUUCGGUGAGAUGAGCGCCAAGACGGACGUGAACAGACGGGUCUUGGCGAUCCAGGCGAAGAAGAAACGGCACAAGCCUAGCAAGCGCAAGGGCAAGGCCAAUUCCCAGAGUGAUCAAGACGCACAGAGCUCCAAGGGACCGCGUAGCGGUCAAGAAGCGGCUGCCGCUACUGUCUUUGAAUAUUCCGAUAGCAACCGCAUGAUGCGCGUCCUCACCGGCGACAACGGGACCAGAUCGGAACCGUGUCAUAGUUCUAGCAAUGAAACAAUAGAAGAUGAUGACGAAGUGUUCAGUAGCGAAGACGAGGAGCAAGAAGACAGCAGUGACUAUUGUAAAGGUGGUUAUCAUCCUGUGAAGAUAGGAGAUCUCUUUUUAAAUCGAUAUCAUGUCACUCGUAAGCUCGGAUGGGGUCACUUCUCCACUGUAUGGCUCUGCUGGGAUUUGCAGGAUAAGCGUUUUGUAGCGCUUAAAAUUGUGAAAUCUGCAUCCCAUUUUACUGAGACUGCAUUGGAUGAAAUUAAAUUAUUAAAAGAUGUGCGCGAUACAGAUCCUCUUGAUCCUAAGCGCAAUAAGACCGUCCAGUUGCUCAAUGACUUCAAGAUCAGUGGCAUAAAUGGUCUGCAUGUUUGCAUGGUAUUUGAAGUGCUUGGACAUAAUCUUCUUAAAUUGAUUAUCAAGUCAAACUAUAGAGGAAUUCCAAGAAAUAACGUAAAACGCAUCAUCAGACAAGUUCUUGAAGGUCUUGACUAUCUUCAUAAUAAAUGUAAGAUUAUUCAUACAGACAUUAAACCCGAAAAUGUUCUUGUAUGUGUCGAUGAGACUUAUAUACGAAAAUUAGCUUGUGAAGCGACAGAACUGCAUUCUAUGGGAGCAAAGUUACCAGUGUCCCUGAUUUCCACCGCGCCGAAAGAAUUUCAAGAACCUAUUCCGAAUUCUAAAAUGUCCAAGAACAAGAAAAAGAAAUUAAAGAAGAAAGCCAAGCGCCAGAACGAACUUUUGAAGAAACAGAUGGAACAAAUCGAGGAAUUAGAGGAGCAAAGUAAACUCGCGAAUAGCAUAAGAGAGAACGGGGAGGUUGAGACGAAUAGUCUAGAUCAGGAUCUUAAUACAGAAAGCAUAGAAGAUAAUACGGAAAGCAAAGGUUCACCCGACAUUUCGGAACCGUCCGCGCCUUCCUUACACAUGAAUGGAGUAGACGGUUUAGCAGGCGGCGAGAAAAUACAAAAUCCAUCGCCCGAACAAUCCGAAAAGAUGGACAACGUGACUCUAUGCGACGUGGAAAAAAGUUGCGGCGAAGGUAUACUACCACCCGAUGCUGAGGACACUGACGAAUGUAGCGAAGGUCGUAGAUCAUUUAAUCCUCCGGAAAGCAAGCAAUUGAAACGGGCGUUUGUGUCGCCCUUAGAUCCCGCCAUAAUGGAAUGCGAAGUUGAUGUGAAGAUAGCGGAUCUCGGAAAUGCGUGCUGGGUUCAUAAAAAAUUCACAGAUGACAUUCAAACUCGUCAGUACAGGUCGCUUGAGGUUUUAUUAGGCUCCGGAUACGAUACCUCUGCUGAUAUAUGGUCUACCGCUUGCAUGGCGUUCGAAUUGGCGACUGGUGAUUAUCUUUUUGAACCGCACAGUGGUAAAGACUACUGCAGAGAUGAAGAUCAUUUGGCCCAUAUAAUCGAAUUGCUAGGAGAAAUACCGAGACGUAUCGCUCUUUCGGGAAAGAACUCAAAGAUAUACUUUAAUAAAAAAGGUGAAUUGAAGCAUAUUACCGGGUUGAAACCGUGGGGCCUGUACGAAGUGUUGACGGAGAAAUAUGAUUGGACGCCGAGCGAAGCGCGUGAGUUCGCAGAGUUCCUAACACCGAUGCUCGAAUUUAAUCCGAGCAUGCGAGCUACUGCAGCCGAGUGCCUGAAGCAUCCGUGGCUGCAAAUAAAAAAGUGAUCACGUUUUUUAUUAUUUUAUCUGUAAUAUCCUCCCCCUCCCUCCCCUCCUCCAACUCUCAACCCAAUCUUACCGCCCAGUUAUCGCGAUUGUAAAUCGAGAGUGUGAUAGGAAGCCGAAAAUACCUGCAAAUGUUGGGUGUGCUAUUUCACGUACUGAAAAUUGUAAUUCUGCGAGCUAAUUUGCGUAUGAAGAACAAGUGCAUCAUUUCAAGAAUAUACAUACACAUACACACAUACACACAUAUUAGAAAACUGAUAUAUGAAUAUGGGAACGAAUUGUAUCAUAUGUUGUUAUAUAUUAAUCAUACGAGUGUAUCUCCGCGUAAGGAAUGCUACGAAACCGAAAA